UUUUUUUUGGGAAAACGGCAAUUUUUCUUCUUUACCCUCACCGUGUUCCCCAGUAAACACGCCAUCCACAACGAAUUCCCAAGUAAACACGCCAUCCACAUCGAACGGAUCGACGAGGUCUCAACACAAGAAUCCAAUCAUGGACGUCAUCCAAAUAAAUCGUCCAUGCGUGCUCCGCCGGACCACCAGAUCGUAUUCUCCCUCUCUGGUAGUCCGAGAUAAGGACUCGGGAGACCGCCGGAGAAGAGAGGAGUCCUCUCCGCAGCGUUCGCAUCUCUCUCACGCCCUCCAACCACCUCUAUCAUUCCCAAAAUACCCCUCCUCCCAGCUCCUCUCCUCCGUCGCCACCAUGACCCUUCCCGAAAAGCCCCUCCUCAAACCUUUCCUCCUCCUCCUCUCCCUCUCCCUCCUCCUCCUCCUCACCCCUUCCUUCCGCCGUUCCUCCUCGCCCUCCGCCGCAUCCGCCGCCGCCGGCGGGGCUGCCACCCCGCUCCUCCGCAUCCGCCCGGGCUACAAUUCCUACGAGGACUACAUCAAGCACCAGCUAAACAAGACCCUCAACCCCCGUCUCCGCCGCGUCUGGGCCACCCGCGACUGGGACCGAAAAGUCCUCGUCUUCGCCCGCUUCUUCUCCGACAUGAAAUCCCGGGGCCUCCUCUCGAACAACUCCCGCGCGCUCUGCAUCGGCGCCCGCCUUGGCCAGGAGGUCGCCGCCCUCCGCCGCGUCGGCGUCGACGACGCCGUCGGCGUGGACCUCGUCCCCUCCCCACCCCUCGUCGUCGCCGGCGACUUCCACGCCCAGCCCUUCCCCGACUCCUCCUUCGACUUCGAGUUCUCCAACGUCUUCGACCACGCCCUCUACCCCGACCGCUUUGUCGCCGAGAUCGAGCGCACCCUCCGCCCCGGCGGCGUCGCCGUCCUCCACGUCGCCCUCCACCGCCGCGGCGAUAAGUACUCGGCCAACGACCUCUUCGGCGUCGACGGCGUCCUCGGCCUCUUCAAACACUCCGACCUAGUCCAUGUCUCCAACGUUGACGGCUUCGGCCUCGACACCGAGGUCGUCCUCCGGAAAAAAAAGCGUCCAAGCCAACAAUAAUCCUUCCCCCCUCUCUCCAUCUCCCGCCGUGGGCGGCGGCGGCCGCGGCCGCGGUGGUGGUGGUUAUUUUUCUUUUUAUUCAUUCUUGUUGUAUACUUUGGAAUCAUUCUUCACCAUCAUGGAAAAAAAAAAUACGGAAUUCUUUUUC